GGGGCACCCAAAGCAACGCAUCCUCGCCUCCCUGGCGGAAUAUACCCCCCCACUCUCGCCUUCUUUACAGAAUCCGAGGAUAUCGACACAAGAACCCUCGAGACUCAUCUCACCAGAAUCAUCAAAGCAGGAGUAGCAGGCAUCGUCAUUCAUAGCUCCAUCGGCGAAGCAGAGCACCUGACAAGAGAAGAACGAAACACCAUGAUCAGGUGCGCUGCCGACACCAUCCACCGAGAAUGUCACACCGAUUUCAGUAGUCACAACCCUCCAUUGAUCGCCGCGUGUGGAGCCCAGUCGACGCGCGGAGCACUUCAACUCUGCAAGGACGCAGCUGAGAGCGGCGCGUAUCACGCAUUGGUACUACCUCCAAGCUACUAUGCCUCUUCCCUCGACGACGAUGAUAUCAUUAUCCAGCACUUCUACGACGUCGCGGACAAGUCUCCUAUCCCGCUUGUCAUUCAAAACCCCCCGAUGGUGGCAGCGGGACUGAAACCCACAGCUCUUACUUCGGACGCCCUUCGCCGCAUCGCGAAGCACCCCAACGUCGUCGUCGUCACUCUCGAGGACGACAACUUACCAUAUACAUGUACAAUCGCGCGGGCGGCAUACGACUUGCCUAAAGGGUUCUUUGUCGCCAGCAGUAGCGCCAGAUACAUCCUGCAGCACCAGGUAUUCGAGGCGAAGGCGGACGGAAGUAACGGAAGUACCGUGGAGCUCGCUAACCUCGCGCCUUAUACGUGUGUGCGCGUGAGAGAGCUCUCUUGCCGGAGGGAGUUUAGUGAGGCGGCACGUCUGGAGGAAGACAUCGCGACAGCGGACUUAUUCGGUUCUGUCAAGGGGAUCGUGAGUAUGAAGGCGGCAAUCAGAUACUGGACAGGUUAUGGAGGCGUGCCGAGGAAGCCCUACGCCGAGCUGUCGCCCAAGGAGCUGCAGAGUGUGGAAGAGUGGAUAGGUGGGCUGAACCAGGCAGAGAGAGUGUUGGAUCUCUGA